UACUCGCAUCGCUCGCAUUCACGAUUAGUGGCCCCGGUAGUUUAAGCUGUGAUUACAACUCUAUACUAAUAGAGAUCGCUGACUGUGAUCGUGUCCGCGCGGUUUCCGUUUACACGUGACAUUAAUACAGCGUAUCACAGACAACUUAUAGGAAUCUGUGGUUUAAUGCGAGUCGGUAGGCCUUGCAGUAUAUUUCAGUAAUUUCAAGUGAUAAUGGGUAAAGGUAGAAAAUAUAGGCCAAAGAAGAAUUUUGCUGAAAAACGCCGCGAUAAACAGAAGAACAAAGAUGAAUGGGAUAAAAGGCCGCAGAGAUGCUAUGAAGAAAUAAUCAGGGAGAAUGUUGAUUUUGAAAAUUAUUACAAAACCCAAAAUAUCGUUCCUAGCGAAGAAUGGUACAUUUUUAUGAACAAGAUGCGGGAAAACCUGCCGGCCGCCUUUCGAAUAACUGGUUCCAAGGCAGAAACGAAGGCACUGCUUGAUAUAAUUAAAGGGGAUUUUUUCAAUGAGAUCAUCAAUGUAAAACGAGAAAAUGAAGAGGAAGAAGUCAAAGAGAAAGAAAAACUUUAUCCAAAAUGCCUUCCGUUUUAUCCAGAUUCUUUGGCUUGGCAGCUUCAGUUGACUCGUAAGGACAUUCGAAGGUCUGAGGCAUACUUUAGGCUACAUAAUUUUUUGAUUGCUGAAACAGCUAGCGGUAACAUAAGUCGCCAAGAAGUAGUGAGCAUGAUUCCUCCCCUCGUUUUGGAAGUCAAACCUCAACAUAAGGUUCUCGACAUGUGUGCUGCACCAGGUUCAAAGACAGCUCAGUUAAUUGAAAUGAUACAUUCUGAUGAGAGCAACCCACAUCCUGAGGGAUUUGUAAUUGCCAAUGACGUGGACAACAACAGGUGCUACAUGUUGGUGCAUCAAGCUAAGAGAUUGAACAGCCCAAAUAUUCUGAUUACAAAUCACGACUCAUCAGUAAUGCCUAAUUUCAAUGUUGCCAAACCAGAUGGCACGACAGAAAAGUUAAAGUUUGAUAGAAUUCUUGCUGAUGUACCUUGCAGCGGGGAUGGAACAAUGAGAAAAAAUCCAGAUAUUUGGUGCAAGUGGAGUCCUGCGAAUGGAAACAAUCUUCAUGGAAUUCAAUACAGAAUAGCCCAGAGAGGACUGGAGCUCUUGGCAGUUGGUGGAAGAAUGGUUUAUUCCACAUGUUCUCUUAAUCCGAUAGAAAAUGAAGCUGUUAUUCAUAGAAUACUUACCGAAGUUGGUGAUUCUGUUCGAUUAGUUGAUGGAAGAAAUUUAGUACCUGGUCUGAAAUGCAAUCCAGGUGUAAGCCAUUGGACUCUUGCAUCAAAGAACUUACAGUAUUACAAAACGUGGGAAGAAGUUCCUGAGCAAUGGCAAACUCAAAUCCGACCUCAUAUGUUCCCUCCAAAUGCAGCGGAUGUAGAUAAGUUUCACCUUGAAAGGAGUAUGAGGAUAUUGCCACAUCAUCAAGAUACCGGUGGAUUUUUUGUGGCAGUAUUGGAAAAAGUUAAACCACUUCCAUGGGAGAAUAAAGAGGAAAAAAUGGAAGUAGGUUCUGAAAAGCCGUCAACCAAUGAUGCUAAUACUGAAUUGAGUUUGGAAGAAGAAGCAGAAAAAGAAGAAGCAAACCUCAAAGCUACUGAUGGCAAAAGGCCGUUAGAGGCAGAAAAAAAACCGUGGGGUCCUCAAAGAAAGAGGAAAAGGAUGGUUGGAUACCGUGAAGAUCCUUUUGUUUUUUUCAAAGGCGAUAAGGAGGAUGUCUGGCCAUCAAUCAAAGAGUUUUACAAUAUAUCAGAUAACCUGGACCCAACAUGCUUGUUGGUGAGGUGUCACGAGGGGAAAAAAAAGAACAUAUACUUUACCUCACCAGCUAUACGCGAUAUCGUAAAAUUGAACGAAGCUAAAGUGAAGAUGAUCAAUACAGGAGUGAAAACUUUUGUUCGCUGUGACAAUAAAAAUAUGAAGUGUGCUUUUAGACUCGCUCAGGAAGGAUUAAACAGUCUCUUUGACUAUAUCGGCGAAUGCCGAAAGGUUCGAAUCUCAAAGGACGAUCUAGUGAUGCUUUUACAAAAUGACAACCCCAAUACUCCACCUGAGAUAUCAAAAUUGAGCCCAGAUACACAAAGUCGAGUCCAAGAUUUUGCAACUGGAAGCUGUGUACUGAUUUAUAAAGAAGAAUUAAUCGAAGAAGACAAAAACUUGAAUCCUUUGGAGUUGGAGAUGGUUGGGUGGCGAGGUACCAUGUCGUUGAGAGCCUACGUGCCCACUCAUGACGCAAUACAUUAUCUUCGACUCUUAGGAGCAGAUUGCUCUAAAUUUGAAAAGAAUAAGUUCAAAGAGAAUCAAAAUGCAGAGACAUCUAACAUAGAACUCGACAAUGGGGAAUCUAUGGAAAAAGACGAUACGACUGCAAAUGGAAAAGAACUGGAGGAUAAUAAGAAUGAGGAAGAGUCAAGCAACAAUACAUCUUAACAGACGAUCUUGUGCAUAUAUCAUUUGUUAUCUAUGAGCUGCCGACUGGGAAAAAGCAUAUUAUUCCAGGUUUCAAUAUUGUUGAAUUUUGACAGUUUUUCGUUAACUUGACAGUCAAUAUCGUUUGUUUCUAUUCUAAAUUCAUUUAGUUUUAAUAUUGUAUUCUAAACUUUGAAUUCUAUUUUUUAAUCGAAUGAAUGCAGGAUAGUAAAGGAUAAGGCAGAGAAACUUCUCCAUAACGUUCAGAAUUUCGUAUAUGGGAUGUUUUUUAGAAACAAUAAACUACGUGAUGAUAAUUGAUAA